AGGAACAUGCAGCAAUGAGGCAACAAGAGUACUCUGCCACACUAGUGGAAGCAGAAUUGGUAGAGACACCAAGUGUUCAGAUGCAAUCUGAAAGUAGUAUGUUAGGCCAUGGCCCGGAUCUUGUCCAUGCGCUGGCGGUGGAUGAAAGAAGAAAGAUUUGUAUCUAUGGGCUUCUGGCGACAGCAUUUUUAUUUGCUGCUUCCGUGGCUGCCAUUGCAUUCUCCCUGAGAAAAAGUGAAGAGCCACACGAUGAAGCCUUCAUUCUUCAAGUCGAAAAACGAGUUCAGGAGGUUGUGGUCACACUUUUCCAGGAACCGGUGGCAAUUCUCAGUGUCUUGGAACGCUUUGAUCGAUCGGGACUCUUCCCUCAUUCUUUGGAUAUCCUUGACCGGGCAGCCUUCCUGUUGGUUGCCUAUUCUCUCCGUCAGGAAUACAACUACAAUUUGAUUUACUACGGAUCUGAAGAGGGUCUGUUCAUGGGGUAUGGCGUGGGAUGGGGGACAUACCGAGAACCAGCAAACAGUUACAGUGUGGAUGACCCAACCAGGACGAAAUACCUCAAAGCAUGCGUUGAUUCGUUCUCUGGGGACCCUGUAGAUUGUGUUCACCGGGAAGGGGCAAAGUACAUACGAUGUACAAACAACUGCUCCUUGGCUUUGUGUCCUGACCAAAACCAGACCUGGUGCACUGACUAUGAAAUCGCGGUGGUUGAACCUGAGGAAAUGGGAUCACUUGGAUACGUCCCCCGGACGUACUAUUGCCACAACGAAGCAGGCUUUUUCACACAGCAGCCUGGCGACGCUGUCCAAGAUGACGGAUCUCUUGGAAACUGCACAUACAGCGAUGGCCAAACUCUUGUCAAUCGAUCCUUAGAGGGUGAUUACGCCUUGUGCCAAGGGACCUCCUGUGGUGAAGCCUUCAUUGGAGGCUACAGGAGUGCUGACUAUGACCCUCGGUACAGAUCCUGGUACAUGAAUACAAGAGAACAGCAGAAGCCUCUUUGGAGUGAGCCCUAUCCCUUCUUUUCUAUCCUUGAUAUUGGGAUGACAUACAGUGUUCCUUACUACAAAAUUGACAAGGAGAGCAACCAUCGAAUUUUUCGAGGUGUCUUUGGUGUGGACUAUACAGCUCGUGACAUCACAGUGUUUCUGGUGGAGAGCUACGGGCCAAACUCAAAUACAGCUUCCAACAUUCAUGUUGUCAUUUAUGAAGCCGCAGAUCCCAACUAUUUUGUGACAUCCUCCACCGGCAGAAAUGCUGCUCACACAGUUCUAGUGAGGGAUCCAACAAUCCCUUGUCCACAUGAUGCAGCCUAUACCCAUAAAUGCAAAGCUGCCCGUUUUGAGAUGCAACAACUGGAAGGGGAAAUGUAUGAUGAUGUUUUCAGGAGAGCAUAUGAGGAACAAGCAUCCCAUGGAUAUCCGAGUGACAUGGUGCAAAUGGACGUGAAUGGCGUGUCAUACGUUUCUCGGAGUUCAACAAUUUCUGGUGUUGGGAACAAUCUAGAGUGGAUCGUUCUUGUCAUUAGCUAGCGAACUCUAAACCA